CACAUCAUUGUAAAAUUUCGCUUGCGCAGGAAUGCGAAGGUUCAAGCGCUUGAGAUAAAUGGAUCGGAGGACCCCAUAGAGAUCACAAAUGAGGAAUUGGAAAUGUUACCAUAUCUAAGACUCCUCAAAUUAGGCAAUGGAACUUUUGUUGGGGACUUUGUAAAAUAUCAUUCACGGUUGAGAUGGAUUUCUUGGCGUUCUCCUCAUCCGGAUUUUAGGGCGGACAAUCUACAUUUGGGUCGUCUUGUUGUUUUUAAACUUGACAAGAAUGGUUUCACGGAUGACUCAAAAGCAUGGGACUUGAUCAAGAGGGCACGGAAUUUGAAAGUUCUAUCUCUUACCGAGUGUGACGGCAUAACGACAAUCCCAAAGUUCUCUAAAUGCUUGUAUUUAGAGAGGUUGACUCUUGCACGUUGCAACAGGCUAAAGAGAAUUGAAAGAUUCAUUGAAGACCUACCAUCGUUGAUUGAGUUAGAAAUUGAAGGGUGUAUGAAUCUUGCAUAUUUGCCCCAAGAAGUGGGAGCACUAGUGAAGCUUGAGCGCUUCUCAUUGAGAGGUUGUCAUGGGUUGAUGUAACUUCCAAGCUCGCUUGGGUAUUUACGCUCAUUGAUAGAGUUAGACUUAUCACAUACGGGCAUUGCCGAACUUCCAAACUCCAUCCAA